GCGAAACUCAUUUGCUACGCGUUCGUCUAGCACGUGCGACCACUGUUCUUCGCGCAGUGACCGUUGUGCGCGCGGCGUCUUUAGCUUCUCUACUCUCGUUCGGCACGCACACUCCAACGGGGUCCUUCUAUACAUCCACUAACGAGAAUCCUUUAAUAUCAAACCGAUCGUCAUGGCAGAAGAGUAUCUUUAUGGAAUCACUCUCGAAGGACUCAAUUCUAGCGAGGUAUGGGAUCCGGAGCACAAGAACGACGACGCAGACGGCACAAACCAACAUUUCGGUGCUGAUCAGAAGCUGAUCAUAAAAAUGGCUCUUUUAGGUCCAGAGGCUAAACCUGGUGAACUCAAUGUACUACAAGUUGAAGCAAUGGGGCUAAAAGGACCCAUCAAAACACCAAUUGCUUUGCUGGAGAUGGGGAAGACAGCACAGAUUAUUCUGGAUCUUAGUUUUCCUGACCCUCCAGUCACAUUUACUUUGGUUAAAGGAAGUGGUCCUGUUCACAUAGUAGGACAUAAUCUACUUGGUACACACAUGGAGGAGUUUGAUGAUAUGGAUGAUGAAAUGGAGGAAGAAAAUGUUGAUGAUGACGAUGAUGACAAGGAGCCAGAAGAUGAGGAAGAUGAUGAAGACGAACCCAAGAACAAGCGUAUCAAAUUAACAACUGCAACCAAAUACAAAAAUCAAGCUAAUAAGAACAAGAAAAAAUAAGAACGAGCCUUAAUACUAUGGAAAUACAACAAACUUUUAAGUUAGGCUAAUAAGCGUAAGUCCAUCAUUAUCAUCCGCAUUUGUGCGAAUCUAGUAUCGUUUCACCAGAUUAUCAGACGACAAACGUUGCCUUCCACGUUUCUACAACACAACUGGACCAAUGAAAUAUUAUACGAUGUUACACUAUGUACUUUACGAAGAAUAACGUCACGUUUUAUUGGUCCAUGAACAUUUUAAUUGUCAUAACAUUUAUUAUAAACAAAGAUCGCGGGCC